AUGCGAGGGAGCGAUGUAAAGCAGGGAUGGAGCGAUGCGCGGGGGACACCGCGACCGCGGAGCGCCCGAAGGGCCGCGUCCCCCCGCGAAGGGCAGCGCCGGCCAGAGCCCGAAACUCCGGCAAGUCGGAGCGCGGGGCCGGCCCGCGGCGGCACUCACCGGGGCGGGGGCGGCUCGGCCCCUCAGGAGAUCAUGCCGGCGGAGCGCGGGGCCGGCGGCGGAGCGGCUGCUCCGGCAGCGGGGGCGCGGCGCUGCUCGAGCCGCGGCGCAGCAGCCGCGCCGCCCCCGACACGCGGCCGCGGCGGCCCGGCCCGCGGGGGGCGCGGAGAGGCGCGGAGAGGCGGGCCCGGCCCUGUGCCCAGCCCUGUGCCCGCCUCUGUGCCCAGCCCUGUGCCCGCCCCGGUCCGGCCCUGUGCCCGCCUCUGUGCCCGGCCCUGUGCCCGGCCCUGUGCCCGCCUCUGUGCCCAGCCCUGUGCCCGCCCAGGUCCGGCCCUGUGCCCGCCUCUGUGCCCGGCCCUGUGCCCGCCUUGGUCCGGCCCUGUGCCCGCCUCUGUGCCCAGCCCUGUGCCCGCCCCGGUCCGGCCCUGUGCCCGCCUCUGUGCCCGGCCCUGUGCCCGGCCCUGUACCCGCCUUGGUCCGGCCCUGUGCCCGCCUCUGUGCCCGGCCCUGUGCCCGGCCCUGUGCCCGGCCCUGUGCCCGGCCCUGUGCCCGCCCCGGUCCGGCCCUGUGCCCGCCUCUGUGCCCAGCCCUGUGCCCGGCCCUGUGCCCGCCUCUGUGCCCAGCCCUGUGCCCGCCCAGGUCCGGCCCUGUGCCCGCCUCUGUGCCCAGCCCUGUGCCCGCCCAGGUCCGGCCCUGUGCCCGCCUCUGUGCCCGGCCCUGUGCCCGCCUUGGUCCGGCCCUGUGCCCGCCUCUGUGCCCAGCCCUGUGCCCAGCCCUGUGCCCGGCCCUGUGCCCGCCUCUGUGCCCGGCCCUGUGCCCGGCCCUGUACCCGCCUUGGUCCGGCCCUGUGCCCAGCCCUGUGCCCGGCCCUGUGCCCGCCUCUGUGCCCAGCCCUGUGCCCGCCCCGGUCCGGCCCUGUGCCCGCCUCUGUGCCCAGCCCUGUGCCCGGCCCUGUGCCCAGCCCUGUGCCCGGCCCUGUGCCCGCCCCGGUCCGGCCCUGUGCCCGCCUCUGUGCCCGGCCCUGUGCCCGCCUCUGUGCCCGGUCCUGUACCCAGCCCUGUACCCAGCCCUGUGCCCGGCCCUGUGCCCGCCUCUGUGCCCAGCCCUGUGCCCGCCUCUGUGCCCGGCCCUGUGCCCGGCCCUGUGCCCGCCUUGGUCCGGCCCUGUGCCCGCCUCUGUGCCCGGCCCUGUGCCCGGCCCUGUACCCGGCCCUGUGCCCAGCCCUGUGUCCGCCCCGGUCCAGCCCUGUGCCCGCCUCUGUGCCCGGCCCUGUACCCGGCCCUGUGCCCGGCCCUGUACCCGGCCCUGUGCCCAGCCCUGUACCCGGCCCUGUACCCGGCCCUGUGCCCGGCCCUGUGCCCGGCCCUGUACCCGGCCCUGUGCCCGGCCCUGUACCCGGCCCUGUGCCCAGCCCUGUGCCCAGCCCUGUGCCCGGCCCUGUGCCCGCCUCUGUGCCCGGCCCUGUGCCCGCCCCGGCCGCGCCUCCGCCGCCGCGCCCGCGGCACCCACAGCGACAGAGAUGCUCCCGCUGUGCGCUGCCGCUGCCUCCUCGGAUCAGAUGGCAAUGAGCGCUUUCCUUCCACAUUUUACUCUGGAGCUCAGUAUCAAGGUAAAAAGAGUUUGCAAUAA